AUGAUGUUUAACAACUGCAGCUGCAGUUCGGAUGAUCCCGAAAAGUUGCUCACCCAUUUGAACUGCAGCCUGGGCAGAAGUUGGCGUCGUCGCACCUUCUCGAUUGAGCUAAAGUUUCGCCAGCCUGUGCCAAAGUUUCUCGUUAACAUGGCCAGUGUGCUGCCACGAGUUAACGGUCAGGAUUUUACGCUGUUCAACCUGAGCGACAUCAAUGGCUGCCAAUUGCUGGCCAAUAAAAAUCAGAUACCGUUUAUACAGCUGGGCCGUCAUACAAUGGAGAGUUUCAGUAAUGUGCCCAAGCGUUGUCCCUUUCCCAAGGACGAGCUCAUCUAUGUGCGCAGUUAUCGCUCCAAUAUGCAAAAUAUACCCGCUUUCAGUUUUGAAUCGGAUAUGCAUAUAUAUUUCGCAGUGCUCGUUAAUGGCAAUAAGAUCAUAAAGGGCUUCAUACAGAGCCGCGUCCAGCGUCAUCGAAGCGGCAAAAGGGACCAACUCUUGUAG